AACAAAACGUUAGUGUCAACAGCUGCAGUGUUUUUAGCAUUUUGUCGGUUAUUUUCUGGUAUUUUAGAGAAAUUAUUCCUCUGCAGUAUGUCUCAACCGAAUGGCUAUUCGCCGAGCUUCAAGCGACCGGCUGAAAUUAUGCGAAUGAGGAGGAAAAGAACCAGAAGCGACGCCAGUGUGUUCUCCAGCCCGAGCGGACAGGGCUCCACUGUCGGGCAAAGCGACUCUUCGCCGGCAGGAGUUCGGCCUUUCUCCCCGGGGCCGCUUUUUAACACCCAGAGUCGUCCCGGAGGUGGAAUAAAGCGCAGAAAUCCGUUCGCAAACAUUGAGAAUACGUACAGUCCAAGCAAGAAAUGUCUAAUUUACAACGAGGACGGACAUGCAGAAGCUGUGGACCGGUGCAAGAGAAAGAAAUUGACAGAAAAGGAGGGAGAGGAGGAGAUGUCAACAAAGACGGACUGUAAUGCAGCGUUACCCCUCAGUGCGAGGCUGACUGAGGCAGAGAAACACGAACACCAAGAUGUUAACAGCAAGAAAUGUCUAUCUUUCUCUGAAGAUGACUCCUUGUUCGAAGAAGAGGAGGAAGAUGUCGUGAGCCCACUAAUAAAGAGUCCCCAGGCCAUUGCUCCUGCCUCCAUCGCCCCCCCCGUGUGCACAGUGUUUCCCACAGACUGGAGCCUGAAGACGCGCCUCCUCUUCACCUCCCCCCUCACCCUGUCCUGGGCCGAGAACCCCAAAGCUCAGGAGGAGGCCACAGGGCUGAGUCAGCACCUCAGAGCUCACUUCAUCACGCUGCCACACAGCCUGCAGGACCCCCGCUCGUGCUCGGAGCUGCGCUGUGCGUUCCAGCAGAGCCUGGUGUACUGGCAGCACCCCUCCCUGCCCUGGCUCUCCCUGUUCCCCCGCAUCAACGCUGAGAGGAGCUUCACCGGGAAGUGCACCCCGUGGGCCCAGGACCGCGCCCUGCAGCAAAGUCUCAUGAGCGAAUGGUCCGUGAGUCUGUCGUCCCUCUACAGUCUGCUGAAGACCAAGCUGUGUCCGUACUUCUACCUCUGCUCAUAUCAGUUCUCAGUGUUGUUCAGGGCAGCAGGAGUGGGGGGGUCCGGCAGCAUCACAGCCCUCAUCUCUCCCACAACCCGGGGUCUCAGAGAGUCCAUGAAGGCUGAAGGUAUAGAGUUCAGUCUCCCCCUGGUGGAGGACAGGAGAAAGGGCAGGGAGCAGCAGAAGCACCCGGGCGAGGAGGAGGAGGAGCAGGAGUGUUCUGAGCUGAAAGAGGCUGAGGAGCGCGACGGAGAGAAGGACGAAGACAACGACGAUGAAGACGGCAGCUUCUCCUGGCUGAAGGAGAUUGGGGUCCAGGACAAAAUCAAGAAGCCCGACAGCAUCACCAUCCAACUGCAAAAGGAGGGUCAGACCGUGUCUCUGGACCACAAGCCCGAGUCGGUGGUGUGUGUGGAGGGAACACACACCUUCACCCUCAUCAACUUCCUCAUCAACUGCAAGAGUCUGGUGGCUGCGGCGGGCCCCCAGGCCGGGUUACCCCCAACGCUUCUAGCCCCGAACGCUUUCAGAGGAGCCACCAUGCACACACUGAAGGCCCGCAGUGUGAAUGUAAAGAGCCAGAUUGGGGGUUCCUACCAGGACAUCAGCAGUCUGGAGAUCACAGGACCUAUCCUCCCCUCGUCUCUCCACACAAUCACCAACCUCCUCCGGCCGGCACAGAAGGGAAACUUCUCCUCUGCUCUCUACACACACACUCCUACCGCUGUCAUGAACACACACACCACGGAGCAGCAGAGCUCUGCCGGCUCCUCGGACCUGUCUGCCUGUGGCCUCCACCCUGCCUCCAUCCAGCAGCUGAUGCAGCCCUCCACCCUGGGAAAGACUGCUCUGAGCCACAUCAGCAUGAUCAACUACAGCUACACCUGGAGGAGCUGAUGGAGGAGUGAUGGAGCCAUCAGCUGUGAGAGGGGGGAGCACUGCUGUUCGAUCUGCUUCACCUUCUCUUUACAGACACAUCAAAACAAACUGUUUCUGUCCAUACACAUUUUAUUGUAUUUUAAUAUCUAUAUCUGGCAUGUAUUGUGAAUGUGUUUUUAAUGUUGAUCAAUUUAUUUUUUCAUUAAUAUGUUUUUAAAUGUAUUUAAUGACUUGUAAUUCGUUUUUCUUGAUGACGUAUUUUCUGUUUUAUCAAAUAAAAUGAAUGUUGC